AUGUGGGAGUUGGAGACUGGAUCUUGGAUGCAGCCAGGCGUGAACGCUGUGGUCAGAAAAAUACACAAAACAAACGACCAAAAGAACCAGAGUAUCUGUCAGGGUCCUGAUCGACUAAUGACAGCGGCAGCCCCAACCAAGAACCACGGCACACCUAUAACGCUACGACUUUAUGCUUAA